AUGAAGAUCGAUUCCGUCUCCGGCGGCGAUCAACGACUCCGGAGUAACCGAUCUUCUCCUUCGAAAUACGACGGUGCUACGACUCCGUUCCGUUACAAUCGGAAUCGACGAUUGGAGACGGAAUCAUGGAGAUCGUCGGAGAACGAAGAAGGGAUCGAAGAGUUUAGGGAGAAGAUCAUGUCGGAUCUUAAAACGGUUGCGGAUAAGAUGACGGAAUCGAUUUUUAGGGUAACCGAAGAAGAAGAGGAGAAAAGGAAAGAUGAAUUAGAAUCAAAGAGAAGAGCAGCUCCGAUUACAGAAACUGAACGGAAUCUGUACAACGGAUUAGGGAUUGUUGAGGAGAAGAGAGUGAAUUUUUCGAUUUUGGGAUACGAAUCAACGAAUUCGAAUAGAUCGAGAGAGAAGAAAGAAGUGACGAAAUUCGUGUCGACGCUUACGAAGAAAGAGAUCGAAGAUGAUUACGUGGAGAUGACUGGUCAUAGACCACCACGACGACCCAAGAAACGACCCAGAACCAUUCAGAAACAAGUCGAUAUGUUGUAUCCAGCUGUUUAUUUUACUGAAAUCAAUCAAGAUAUCUACAAGGUCCCAGAAGCAGCAGAGAACGUAAAGAGAUGA